AUGAACCAGGCUGCGCUGAUGCAGCAGAGUCACACUAUAAAGAGAGCAGUACAGCAUGCCGUCCCACAGACAAACCACGACAUCAGCCAGCACUCAUCUCAUCCUGAAAGCCAUCGCAGGACAGACAAAGAGGAACCUCGCGAUAAUGGUGUCCAUCCAUCUCAUGGGGACGAGGUGAGGUACGGAAUUGAGAUCCAGGGCAGGCCCAGCCAUUUGGCCUCCGAGGAAAGAGCAGAGAGACUCUCUCCAGACUCUCUUGAUGGUGUCCUCCACAAGAGCGGACAGCAAACUGUGAUCCAGGUGGCCCUGCCGCCUCAACAGAAUGGAAAUCUUGUCUAUCAGAAGGGGUUUGUUUUGCAAGAAGACUCGGAAAAACAUGUGCAGAGGAAGAAUACGCUGGCUCAGGUGGAGCAGUGGGUUAAAGUCCAGAAAGGAGACCCACCGAAGAGUGCUCCCUCUGCUGAGUUCAACCUCCCUCGGCGGACUCCUCCUUUAAAGCCCAAAGCCAGCACAGCAGAUGCAACCUAUCAUUCAUUGCCAAAGUCUCCCCGUCUCCCAUCCGGCAGCAGCUCUCCUCCUGCAACAUUCAACUUGCCCAGUGACUACAAGUACGCCCAUGAUCGGCUCAGCCACUUCCGCAUGUCCACUGAUGAGCGUAUGGCCACCAAGGAGGGGAUGGUGUGGCAGCUGUAUGAGUGGCAGCAGCGGCAGCAGUUCCGUCACGGCAGCCCCACCGCUCCUAUUUACACCGGCCCCAAUUUCACAGACGCUUCAUCUUUUAGAGUAACUGUGGAGAUGCCACGUUCCAUCUCCGUCCCUCCGUCCCCGUGCGAGGUCCCACCGUCACUACCGUCCUUCAAACCCCUGUCCCCUCGCAGGCCACACACUCCCUCAGACAGGCGUACAGUCCGGCCGCUGGAUGAAGUGUUACCUGGGGACAGCACAAGAUCCAGCUCCCCUGGCCAUUUUUGUGCCCAACUAUCUCAGACUUCCCAAAUUGAGAGAAGGUCUAUGCCAGCCAUGGGCUACAUCACACACACUGUCAGUGCACCCAGCUUGCAUGGAAAAACGCCGGAAGAGCUGACUCUGCUCCUCAUUCAGCUUCGGAGGCACCAGGCCAAGAUGGCUGGUGUGCAUAGCCCCAGUGAUGCGUUCGCUCACCUGCAGCGACACCAGCACAACGGCAUUCUGGGCCCCGUCAUGCAGGCUGAUGAUACAUACAUACAACUGAAGAAGGACCUGGAGUAUCUAGAUCUGAAGGUUACAGGACGUGAGAGUUUCAAAACAGAAAGACCAUCGAGGCCUGUGAAAAUAGCAGAAAGUGAUGCAGAUGUGAAAUUAAGUCGACUUUGUGAACAAGACAAGAUUCUACAGGAGCUGGAGGCCAGAAUACGCACUUUAAAAGAAGACAAGGACAAGCUGGAGUCUGUGCUGGAUAUUUCCCACCAGCAGAUGGAGCAAUACAGAGCUCAGCCGGCACAUGCCGAGAAGAUUGCCUAUCAGCAGAAAUUAUUGCAGGAGGAUGUGGUGCACAUCAGGGCUGAAAUAUCCCAAGUUUCUACAGAGAUGGAAAACGCAUGGAACGAUUACAGCCGGCUGGAGAGAGAUGUGGACUGGUUGAAGUCAGCACUGCAGGGACGGAUGACCCGCAGUGAUCUCUGUCAGCAAGAGAAAAUCCAGAUCAGAAAAGAGCUGUGGAGGAUCGAGGAUGUGAUUGCAGGUCUCAGUACCAGUAAAGCCAACUACAAAGUCACUGUCUCCUCUGUUACCAACCCAGAGAGGAAAUUUGUGCCUUCAGUUUCGGCAUCAUCAGUGCCUUCUGUGUCUGGGAGCCCGUCUGCUAUGGAGAUGAGAUUGUCGCAGCACAGCCCCCACCUCAGCCCCAGUAUCCACACCCCCACCGUGUUCUCCAGCCCCAGCCAGCAGCCCUUACAACACUCUGCAACUAUCACAAGUGGGCUUAACUGGGGUGAGGAUGAUGUGCCUCCCAGACCUCCUCUACCUCAGCUCUACAGUCCAGAUGAGAAUCCCCCCGCUGUGCCCCCCCUGCCGCGAGAGACAACGGUCAUCAGACACACCUCCGUACGCGGCCUCAAACGACAGUCGGAUGAACGCAAAAGGGACAGAGAGGUUGGCCAGUACACUAAUGGAGACAGUAAGGUGGAACUUAGACCUUUCCUGAGCGAUCCAGAGCUUAUGGGUGCUGGAGACGGCUCCAGCCACAUCAGUGUAGUAACAUCAUCUGGACCUGAGGGUUACCAGACAUUACCCAGCAGAGGAGUGGCUGGUUCCUCACUAAGACUAAAUCAGUCUUCAAGCAUCUCUUCAUACGUGACCCUCCGAAGAUCGGCCUCAGCUGUCGGCGUAAAGGAGAGACCAAAAAGUGCCUUGGAGCGUCUGUACUCUGAGGACCCAGCGCAGCAGCAGCAGAGGGGGAAGAUGAGCGCUGAUGAGCAACUGGAGAGGAUGAAGAGGCACCAGAAGGCUCUUGUCCGCCAGCGCAAACGCACCCUGAGUCACGGAGACCGACACGCCUCUCCUUCUUCGCCACGCCCCUCCUCCUCAUCCUCACGCCCGCUUUCAGCAGACAUCGGAUCAGUAUGUCACUAGAACGAUAUUAGACCUUACCCUUUCAUGCAUGACGACAACGAAACCAAGAGUGGCGUUCUUCAGUAGUCAUGCAUGCCUUUAGUCUGUCUUUUCUCUACAGCAGUUGUUAGGACUAAAUGAGUGCAGUGUGGUUAUUCACCGUGUGCCUCUAACUGUGUGUAUUUCAUGCUUGAUGUUUAAGGACUUGAGUCGGCCUUUUCCACUGCAGACAUUUGACUUGUCAAAGCAUGA